CCGACGCAGCACGCGGCACGAGACAAACCCCAGCAGUACCCCCACCAUCUGUCCGUUGGAAGCUCCUCUAGUCCUCUUCUUCUCCUCCUCCUCCGCCCGCGGCAGCAGCAACGUCGGCGCUAAGCAAUCGAAAGCCCUUGCCCUGCCCCCGUCGCGACAAGCCGCGUCCGACGAACCCGCGCACGGUCGCCUCCUCCUCUGUAAUCGACGGAGCAGGGGGGGAGGAUUGAUCCCUCGCGCGCACGCGGCGAGAGGGGUUAAGGAGGUUGGCCCGGCGCGGCGGCAUGGACCGCAUCGUCGGCCGCAAGUUCAAGCUCGGCCGGAAGAUCGGCUGCGGAUCCUUCGGGGUCAUCUACCUCGCCACGGACAUGGACACCUACGAGAUCGUCGCGGUGAAGAUUGAAAGUAGCAGCACCAAGCAUCCACAGCUGUUUUACGAGGCAAAAAUCUACAACACGCUGCAAGGAGGAAGUGGCAUAGCGGAUGUCAAGUGGUGUGGUGUAGAUGGAGAGGAAAAUGUUCUUGUCAUCGAUUUGUUGGGUCCGAGUUUAGAGGAUUUGUUUGUCUAUUGUGGCAGGAAGUUCACAUUGAAGACUGUCCUAAUGUUGGCAGAUCAAAUGCUUACAAGAAUAGAAUUCAUGCAUUCCAAAGGAUAUUUGCACAGAGACAUAAAACCUGACAACUUUUUAAUGGGUCUUGGUCGAAAAGCAAAUCAGUUAUACGUAAUUGAUUUUGGGCUUGCAAAACGAUACCGGGAUUCUACUACGAAUCGACAUAUUCCUUACAGGGAAAAUAAAAACUUAACAGGCACUGCACGCUAUGCAAGUAGCAGCACUCACCUUGGAAUUGAACAAAGCCGGCGGGAUGAUUUGGAAUCUCUUGGUUAUGUUCUCCUAUAUUUUCUGCAAGGGAGUCUCCCUUGGCAGGGACUAAAAGCUGUGACGAAAAAGCAGAAGUAUGAGAAGAUAUGUGAGAAAAAGAUUUCAACGCCUAUUGAGGUGUUAUGCAAAUCUUGUCCUGUGGAAUUUGCAUCUUACUUCCACUACUGCCAUUCAUUAACAUUUGAUCAGCGGCCUGAUUAUGGAUUCGUGAAGCGUCUUUUUCGCGACUUAUUUUCUAGCCAAGGAUAUGAGUUUGAUUUUGUCUUUGACUGGACUGUUUUGAAAUUGAAACAAGCCCAAAAGUCCCAGCAUGGUGGACCAGCUGUUACUCGAGCAACCCCAGCACAUCUUGACAGACGAGCAGGUGUAAAUGGUGAUGUCCAUCCAAAUGAAGCCGCCCAUGAACAGAUGGGGUCAAACCAUAUGACCGGGCCAGCUGCAUUGUUGCAGGUGAAAUGGUCAACUGAGAGAGAUCCCUACCCUAGCAUAUGGAGGGAGUAUUUAACACUAACUGAUAACCAUUUAGGUGGAUCCUGGGAUGGAAAGGACAGCAUAUGGAUGUCAGUGCCAAAAAAGCAGAUCCUAUAUCAUCUGUUGCUCUACCUGGUGCCCAAUGGAGAAAUGAUGGUACUUCAAGACGCAUAGUGCAAUUUGAUGCUUCUCAUCAUAAUCAGGGUUUUGUCAGCAAUACUGGCUCAUCUACCGCUUGUUUUCGGACAUCCCCACAUUAAGCCCCAGCAAAGUGACAGGCCAUAUCUCUUAUGGGGCAAUGAGGAAAUACUUAAGAAGAGACCCCACCAUAUCUUGUCGAGUGGUUCAGAACUUCAGAUUCAAGCAUCAGAAAAUCAAUUUAAAUAUCAUGGUGCCUACAAUGUUACUAAGAUGACUACAGAUGCAUUUUAUGGUGAUGCUAUCUGCUAAUUAUGCAAGUUUUCUUAGAAUAAACAUGAGGCCGUGAAGGCAGUAGUGAACGCACACAAGCUGCUGCCUGCUUGAGGACCUGCAGGUGCUGCUACUGCGAAGGAAGAAAAGAGGAGGAACAUAUGGUAAGUUCGUGGUCUCUGGGAAUCGAAGAAGGAAAGGUGAGGUCAUUACUAUUAUGGUGGACCUGGAAGCUCUGUAAAACUCUUGGACGCUGGAGGACAAUCAAGGUACUGGCUCAAUCAAUCAAAGUGGAGAAAAGGUGCAAUCUAGUUUUACAAGAAAAGGACCAAGUGUGAUGAUGAACCCUGCAAUAUAUUGGUGAUGAGUAUAUAAAGCAGCUUGAGUCCGUGAAAGAGAAACUUCCCAGAUCCAGAGAAGCUUAUCAUAAAGGGCUUCGACAAGGGGUUUUAUUCGUUCUUUGAGCAAAAAGAUAAAGAUCGGAUAGAUUCGAACCGCAAUUGCAAAGGUAAUAACUACUAUGCCAGCCCAAAUCAUGAUUUUCACCAACUUGGAUUUGGUUCUCUCGCUAAAAUCGCGAGUUGCAGAGAUGAGAAUUAUGAAAAGCAAGAUCCCGAAUAAGAAAAGUUUGGCCAAUAGUAGGGCAAGAAAUAUUGAAUGGUGAUGUAGGCGGGGGUUUCCGAGGAAUCCAAAUAACCUCUGGGUUUUUUCAGAUUUGGCGAGCCUCUGGAAUAACUAGUGAAUCACUCAGACAAACUAGAAGGUGUGUGAUAGAUUCAAAGAACAAAAUGAUAACUAUAGGACUUGGUAACUCCGAGCCUCGCCGCCAGGGGAAGGAGAGGCGAGUUCACCUCGAUCCCGGUGGUGUGCUCCUCCCAGUGAAGUGGCUUCUCCUCGGUCCUGGGAUGAUGGUGAGGUGAGGCUACUGGAUGGUGGUCAGCUCUGAUGAUUGACCCAAAGCUUCGGUUUCUUGGAGGAAUUUGGUCCUGCAAUUGCUAGUUUAUAUAUCUCCACCGACUUGGUUGAUGUAACGUCUCCGUGAUAUGCUCGUGCGUGGGUGUAGCCUGAUGGUUCACUGGUUUCUCGGUUCAGAUGUGAGCUAACCGAUUGCUUCUCUUAAAUGUUUGUGAGUGUGGCCAAGGAGGCCCAUGUAGUCUUGUAGAUUGGUGUAUGUGUACAAGAGAAAAAGGUUAAUUAGAGAGUUCCAGUUGACUCCCCAAGCAACUUCAUCAUCCUUCUCUUUUGAAAUAAGCAUUUAUAUGUAUAUGGCAAGUCAUGUACAUGAAUAACCUGAUUACUUAAUAGUCGUUUAGUGUAUCUCUUUUUUACUUCACUUGGCCUUGAUCUGACUGCCAAAUGUAAUGUUUUUUUCCAA